GGCUACGGCAGAUGGACGUAAUCCCAUAUCGCAAUGAGAAAGUAGUGACUCGGUCAAAACUUGAUCACGAGGCCAUCCAACUCCUACAAGAGAAAACUGUAAGAGUUGAUGUGGAUGGAAUUAUGCGAUAUGCAACACCACUGCUGCGUGUACAACAUAUGCCGACUCUGCACAUGCCUAAAGAAGCUGUACUGCCACAGCUCAGAAGCAUUGAACGUAAGCUGAUGAAAACACCUGAUCAGGCAUGUGCUUACAAAGCUGAAAUUGAGAGACUCAAGAAUGCUGGUUAUGUGGAGAAACUACAACCAGGUGAAGCUGAGAAAUCACAAGAAUCAUGGUACAUCCCUCACCAUAUGGUCACCUACAAUGGCAAGAAUCGUGUUGUGUACAAUUGCUCAUUUCAGUAUGAGGGACAAAAUUUGAAUAAGCUGCUACUACCAGGUCCCACUUUGAGCCCCACCUUGCUAGCAGUGUUACUACGUUUCCGAGAACACUCAACAGCUCUGAGUAGCGACAUACGAGGGAUGUUUCAUCAGGUGAGGCUGCUCCUGGAAGACAAAUCCUUGCUUCGGUUCUUGUGGAGAGACAUUGCUGUAGAUCAAGCCCCAGAAGUGUACGAGUGGCAGGUACUUCCCUUUGGGACUACAUGCAGUCCCUGCUGUGCAACAUUUGCUCUCCAAAAACACGUAAAAGACCACAGUCAACCCGGAGAUCAGGUGAGGGAAGUGAUCGAAAAGUCAUUCUAUGUUGACAACUGUCUUUACAGUCUCCCCUCCAAAGAUGGAGCCAAAGAUCUUGUUGAUCAGCUUUGUGCCCUAUUGAAUGAAGGAGGCUUUGAACUGCGUCAGUGGGCCAGCAAUUGUCCAACAGUAGUCACCCACCUUCCCUGUGAUAGAAGAUCGAAUAACUGUGAGCUCUGGCUUAGUCAGGGACUGCAAGAUACCCAAGAAUCUACCCUGGGACUGCUCUGGCGCUGUCAGUCAGACACUUUGCACUACAAGCACAGGGAAGUGAACUGUACUAAAGUAACCAUGCGCAGCAUUUAUUGUGUCCUGGCCAGCCAAUACGAUCCCCUUGGCUAUAUUAUCCCCUACACCACAAGAGCGAAAAUACUAGUGCAGCGUCUAUGGGAUAAAAAGCGUGAUUGGGACGAUCCACAACUGCCUGAAGAUCUGCUCAGUUUAUGGAAUUCAUGGGAGAAGGAGUUGUGUGAGCUAGACAAGAUAACACUGCCAAGAUGCUACACCAGUCCAGACAUGGAUGUACCAACUACCAGACGAGAUGUACAUGUAUUCUGUGACGCGUCGGAGAAGGCUUAUGGGUCUGUGGCCUAUUUGAGGACAGAAAGCACAGAAGGACAGGUUGAAGUUGCCUUUCUAGCAGCCAGGUCACGUGUUGCUCCCCGAAAGCAACAGUCUAUACCUCGCCUUGAACUGUGUGCAGCUCUAAGUGGUGCCCAGCUCUCCAAGGUCUUAGUCACAGAGCUCACAUUACCCAUCUGUUCCUUAACCCUCUGGUCAGACUCCACGACUGUACUUACCUGGUUAUUGUCAAGUUCUUGUCGUUACAAGGUGUUUGUGGGAACACGAAUAGCGGAAAUUCAAGAACUCACAGCUUCUGCAAGCUGGCGAUACAUACGAUCAGAGGACAAUCCUGCGGAUAGUAUUACAAGAGGAAAAAAGCUGUGUGACCUAGUCAAAUGUAACCAGUGGAAUCAAGGCCCCUCAUUUCUUAAGCUGCCUGUAGAGACAUGGCCAGAGCAGCCAUCCUUGCCUGCUGAAGAGCAGCAGCACGAACUAAGGCCAGCUGUGUUUUGUGGAGCAAUUACAGUCACACCCUUGCCAAAUCCACAGCAGUAUGAGACAAUGACUGAGUUCAUAAAAGCGUGUAAUCAGCAGCUAUACGGGGCGGCCAACAUUACAUGUGCUGAUGAACAAAGACAACUGGAACAACUUGUUCUUUGUCAAAUCCAAACUGAAUCCUUCCCUACUGAGAUGGCCCAACUAAAGUCCGGUAAACCAGUAUCAGGUACAAGCCGAUUGGCUUCUCUUUCUCCCGAACUUGACCCUACCACUGGUCUCAUUCGGGUAGGUGGCCGUUUAAGACAUCGCACAGAAGCAGAGCUGGACUGUAUUCACCCCAUAGUCCUUGACUCCCACCAUCCUGUAACUAAACUUAUUAUUAAGGAUUAUGAUAAGAAGCUACAUCACCCUGGAUCAGAACGAGUGUUCGCAGAGAUGAGGAGAACAUAUUGGGUGUUACGAGGACGUGAAGCAGUUCGGAGACAUCAGCAUCAAUGUGCAGAGUGUCGUAGAUGGAAAGGGAAACCAGAAGUUCCCCUGAUGGCAGACUUGCCACUUGCAAGACAACAGCUCUUUAAACCUGCCUUCUUCUCAACAGGGACGGAUUGCUUUGGACCUUACCUGAUUAAGAUUGGACGGAGAAAUGAGAAGAGGUGGGGCAUAAUAUUCAAGUGCCUCACGACAAGGGCAGUGUAUAUAGAUCUGUUGGCCAGUAUAGAUUCUGAUUCAUUCCUAAUGGCCUUAAGACGUUUUAUCGCUCGACGAGGAAAGCCAUACGAGUUACUAAGUGAUCAAGGCACUAACUUCAAAGGUGGAGAACGAGAGUUGAAGGAAUCUCUUGGCGCCUUGCACAGCGAGCUCCAAAGUCAUCUUGCCUCCCAACAAAUUAAGUUUGUCUUCAAUCCACCGGGAGCACCCCACUUCGGGGGAUGCUGGGAGAGAGAAAUACGUUCAAUUAAAGCUGCUCUCCAAGUUACACUAGGGGCACAGACUGUGACGGAGGAAGUUUUAAGAACAGUCUUAACUGAGAUUGAAGGGAUACUUAACUCAAAACCGCUCAGCUACACAUCAUCAGACAUUUCUGAUGUAGAUCCAAUCACUCCCAACUGCUUCCUCAUUGGCCGCAGAGAUGCCUCACUGCCCCAGGUGGUGUAUCAGGACUCAGGAGUGAUAAGCCGACGCCGUUGGAGACACAGCCAGCUGUUAGCAGACCACUUCUGGAGACAUUUUAUUAAGUACUACCUGCCCAAUCUCCAAGUUCGGCGGAAAUGGAAAGCAGAAAAGGAAAACCUGCAGGUUGGCGAAGUAGUGAUGAUUGUCGAUUCUCAGCUCCCUCGAGCUCUAUGGCCAGUGGGGAAAAUCGAGCAAGUACAUCCAGGAGCUGAUGACAGAGUAAGAUCAGCCACUGUACAAGUUGGAAGGAAAACAUAUACCCGACCAGUAGCACGUUUAGUUAAGCUGCCAACCCUUGUUGAAGAUUGAUCCACUUUAAGGAAAGAACCUUUUGUAAAUGUGCGAAUUCAAUUAUUGAAUUCGGGGGCGGCUGUUCAAAAGGCUUCUGGAACAUUCUCUUGCUGACUGAUACGCAAGUGCAUCGUCACUUUAAUGGGCGGGACUUAGAGAAGGAAGAGAAGCAGGUGUGCAGAGCAGACAAAGAGCCCGAACUGAAAUCGCUACAAAGUCAAAGUUGUCUGCUUAUCUGCUCACGUUGCAUGCAGAUUAACACAACCGAUGAUGUAUAUAGUUGUGCGUGCACAGAAAAAAACCACAACUUAUCAUCAGUAAAUGUUCAACUGAGAAAUGGAGUCUGAGUGAAUUUCUUUGAAUAGAUGACAGUAAACAGUUCUGACCGACUGUCUGCAGGGAUUCAGAUACACCCGAAUCAGUGUUAAAUUAAAACCUCAGUU